AUGUACUUACUAAGCCGCGCACAAGAAUUCUAAGUUUCCACGUGAGCAGUUGCUUCGAAACGUGACGUGAAAAGGUCUAUGCACUGAAACUGAUACUGAUUCGCCAUUACAACUAUCUUGGAAUUCAUCUCAAUUGCUUCUGACAUCCAUGUAUGUAAUAUGAGGGGUUUCGUAGAGUACAAAUGAUGUCCUCUGGCGCUUACGCCAUAACUAUCGUUGUCAGUAGUGGACGCAGGCUGUGGCUGGGAGUCGUUCUCGCGAGUUGUUCUUGCCAUCACGCAGGAAUAAUCUAAGAGAUGAUGUCGCAUCACAGCACCUCUACGCCAAACGGCACAUCUCCUCCUGUGAAGAUUCCGGAAGAUGUUUCUAUAAUUACCAAGCUCGUGUGGGAUUUCUGCGAUCCUGGACCAGGUUUGGUGCCUUCUCAGGUGGAAGCCGCACUCAGAUUACCAGUAAGUAAGACCGAUUCGUCGACUACAGGUGUUGCCUUAGUACCUUUUCCCAGUGAUCGGCACAACCUCCUGUUGCAACCCGGGCAUCUACAACAGGGUGCGCCUUUGGAUGUCGAGACACACGAAGUGGAGUUUGAACAUCCAUUACAACAGCAAGUACUCGAAGCAGCGGAUUUCGGCUUCCUGUGCCGAGUGCAUGUGAAAUGCUUGGUGGAAGUACAGCCAGACGAAAUAACUGGCACGACAGGAGGAGAAGACCCAGAUCAUGGGACAUCAGGAGAGGGACGAUCAGCGAAGCGACACAAAGCCAAUAAUUUCGGUACUAGUUCUGUUAAGGCUCAGCUUUCAAUGGUCAUUGGGGUUGGUCACUGGGAUCGCAGAGAGGCUCUCCUUAGAAAACAGGGCAAAUCACUUGGAGAACAAGUAGAGGGGUAACGGGCCCUUUUCUUUCAGCAUCACUGACCAUUGAGUGCUGAGCUUUAAUUCUGGUUCCUCUUCUACCAAAGCGAAACACAACAACAAGCCCGCUUCGACUAGUUUUCGCUUUACUCUGCCGGAAAUUGCGCAAUUACUGAGAGCCGAGGUAAUAGAAGGGGACGGAGGAACAUCCACUCUAGCAGAGCCCACAAGCACAACGAAAAGGCGCUUUGGCGUGCAUUUUAACGAAUCUUCGACCAGCUCCUCCAGUUCUCGAGUAUCAUCGAGUAAUACACCUAAUUUCCACGCUUCUUCGAGGACGUCAACAGGAGAACGCUACAAUGUCGGCACAGAUCGACGAUACAACGUCACUGUCUACAACAAAAGUCCAUCUUCAAGUCGCAGUGCCAAUACUUCUAUGUCAACUCCUACAACAGCCGCCUCAAAUAUAAGACCAAUCCUUCGACACGCAACGGAGGUAGAAGUUGUUCUUCAUGUAGGAUAUUGGGAUCGUGGUGCGGUGAUGCAGGUCCAUCCAGGAGACAGCAACAUCGAUUGUGCGCCUUUUGGCCAAGUCCUGUCCUCAGGUUGCCACGCUUUUGUCGUGAGUCCCUUCCACCUGCCACUAUUGAAUUCCCACACCGUACAGCCUCCUCUCCAAGUUCAGGUUCGGACGCCUUUGUGCUAUACGGUACUGGGAGCGGGGCAGCGCGAACAGAGUACUGUCGUACGGAAUGUCCUUCAUUACUGGCGAGAGGAAGCAGAAGCAAAUGACGCAACGGCAGCGACACCUGGGACUUUGAAAGGCGUGGGCGAGAACACUUCUGAAGCAAAGGAGGAGGAAAAAACGGGUGAAAUCGACCUAACUGAAUAUUCGAAUCUAGAUUCUUUUGUCCUGCGCCGAGAUCCAGCUGCGAACUUCUAUCUCCUUGUGAGCAACGACAUCCACGUCGAAGAUAUGGUCAUUACAGGAAAAGCAGGGAACAUCAAAGGUUCCUAUGCGGCACAACCUUCACUUGUAGAAGAUGCUGGUGCCGUUGUGCCAGACGCUCCGAUAACGCCUGACACCUCCGACAUCAAGCGCCCACCAUCAGGAGAAAAAUCUACCGAACAAGUGCUCCGAAUUAACAGUAGCGGUAGUGAUAGCGAAGAUGGUGAUUUUCUCACGAUUCGUUGUGUCUUUCCACGCUGCCUAGUCCAGUUUUGGGCUGGAACGGGUACUCCCGGGAUGCUAAGGGAUGUCAGUUACAUCUUUGAUUAUCUGUCGGAACUGAGGCAAGGUCGAGACUGGAACUGCUUUCCGAAUCGCGAACUUCAUCUCGUCUUUCUUCCUCUUUAUGGACAGAUGCUGCUGUAGAAGUAUUUGUGUGGAAUUUCUCAUCCAAAGGAAGGCUCUUCCAAGUAGGAAAAGCUAGAAUAGUGAAAUAGGAUAAUUUUAGGGCAUUAGUGAAGUUCUUUUCAUCGUUACACUAGAAAACCUAUCAAUCUAGCCUCUUCUAAGUUCUACCAAUGCUACCUGGCGAGGUCUACCUGUCGGACAGCGCAGAACUACCACCUGUGCACGGAGAGAACUUCAUUUUUCUCGACUUGGGAUUUGUAGGGACACCGUUGCACGCAGAGACGGCCCUGCGCGCAUACUGCUUGCAAGCCGUGAUCGCUUACUUAAGACAUCAAAAAAGAAUGAUUAAGAUGUUCUGUUUAUCUUUCAUCCAUGUAAAUUCGUUCGUAGAACAUUAUUGAGUCAAACGUAGCGUCUACCUACUCCUCUCUGCUGGUAUUCAAGUGGCCCACAAACGUUGACUCUACUUAGAAGAAGGGAGAUUUUCUCCUACUUUUGAUUCUAAUCUGUACCUACUUGCGACUUUUCCAUCCACACGAGCGCAGCUGGAUUGUUACUGGGCUGACAAGCUACAUCGCAGACAUCAUAGAGCAACGGCAUAUGGGCGACCUGAAAAUGGAAGAGCGGAUCCUCAAUCGAGCGGAUAUGGUUGCCAAAAAUGACCUUACCUCAGACGAACCCUCAAAAACGGUGCUAGCAAAAGCCUCGAUAUCAAUCACAGCCAAUCCACAUCCACCAACGAAGAGAAAAGCAGCUCUCGCCUUCCACGAAAUGUUCAGGACUUAUCCAGAAGUCACACUCGCAGAUCUACUCUCAUUGCUAGAAAGCAGACGCAGUGUAUAAUUAAUAGCGAUAUUUAUAUAUUUGAUAAUUGUUCAAGCUAUUAUAAUUAGUGGUUGUAGUUUCUAUUUUUUGCUUCAAAGUCGAAGGUCAAGGUAGACGAGUACUUCGCGUCUUGGUCUACUUUUGCAACAUUUUAUCAGCACUAGUGAUUGUUUCUUAGAUUUGAUUCAUCAUCAAGCAGAUUCUAGUACCACAUGAAAGAAUGUUGUCCUUUCCACGUCCCCAAAUGAACCACACAACCACCACCACCUCAAACACAGCUGACAAGCGACGAGUUAUUAGAGGCGUUGACUCGCAUGACACAAGGUUGUGAAUCUGCAGUUCAGUGCAGCCCUCUAGACUUCAUGCAGAUGUGGGUGUACGGCGUUUCCCUUCCACGUGUGGACGUUCUCUGGCAUAAGGACAACAAGGAUCCUGCAACUGGUCGAGUCCGCAUUAUCGUGCGACAAAGUCCGGGUUACAAAAUGAUACAAAAUGCCGAACCAGGACCAUCCUCAGGCAGUGCUCCUGCUUUGCCGAAUCUUGAGCAUCUUUUAUCGCACAAGAAUCGCGAGAAACCGUGGUUGCACUUCGUUGGAACAUUGACCUUCGAGAUUUGUGAUGCGAGAGGCGUGCCUAUCAAAGUCGUCGCCGCUAGGUUCACCAAUGGCAGCCAACAGAGUGAUACCAUCGAAGCUGUGGUGGAGUGGGAGUUAGGGGUUGAUCCAGAACCAGCCUACCUAAUCCCGCAACGCCUGUGGACUUUGUGCACACUGAAGAUCUACAAUUUGCCACUUGAGGGUUGGGCGCGCGCAAUGAGUGCUCCAAACUUGAGGAUGCAAAUGCUAUGCGUACGGAGAUUUACGGAGCUGCAGGACUACCGUUUGCUGGCGGAGAUAGUGACCCGUAAAUGGAAUGUUGACAACAGUAGAAACACUGCUGCUGCAAUUGCUUCUAGUCCACCAAAUGGAAAUGCAGCUGCAGGUCUCACUGCUCCAGAAGUAACAACGGGUGCAGCUGCUACACCUACAGGCUUGUCCACACCUGGAAGUGCUGGAGCUGCUGUUGCCAUCCCAAUCAAUGCUAACAGCUCUUCGUCUACUGGCACCACCACUGCAUUUGUACCGUAUUAUUAUUCCGCAGUUCGGUUUGCUGCGGUUCGUGCUUUGUGCGGUGACAAGCGCAUGAUGCUCACUCUGCUGACGCUGACUCGCGAGUACCUCUUUCGCCAACAUCGCGGACCUACAGGGGUAGACAUCAGUUCUUUCCUUAUGACGCAGUAUCUGUUGAAUGAAACGAUGAAGCUGUGCUGGAAAAACAUCAAAGAUAUCAAGAUGGACUUCGAACAGACUGAAGAAUUGCACGCGAAAGUGAGGAAUGAAAGUAACAUUAAUCUUCAAGCAGGACCAGGAGGAGAAAGAGCAAGAGCAGAUAGCACAACUUCUACUAGUACUUUUGGUAGUAGCAACCUUAGUAGUACCUCUGCUCUAGCCAAAAUGAAGAACAAUUCAUUAUCGGUGAUGUUUCUUCGUACUACCCUAGAUAUUUUAAAGGGCGCGGACAACGGGGACAUGAACGCAGAGCUACUUCGAGCCGCUCUUCCAGGUCUAGAAAAGUUACCUUAUUUUUGCCCCUCUUUCGACUUCAGGGAGUGGGUCACGCGUCGCAUUUUCCAUAGAC